UUUCACGAUGUCAAAUCAGUUGACAAAACUUCAGAAACUCCUGACAAAAUUUUCUCAUCUCAAGAACGUGACACCUUUGGACUUUAUCGAGGAGUUGACCAAGGAUAUAAAAGAGACCGAUGUUAAAGGAGACGAUACCAUCUACGACGUUUUUCUGCAAUUCGUGAGUCAUGACUCCUUCCUUGACAAAUUGGCCUUGGACUUCAAAAAUAAAAGGAGUAUCAAAUUGGCGAAUCAUGCCCACAUGAAGCAAGUCAUCUUCUUCAUAAUGUUCCUUUUGAAAAAAGAAAAUACUAGAGAAAUUAACGGUAAUACCACAUUCUACAUUAAGCCUCUUUUGGAAUUUUUAUCUUCAGAUGAAAUUUAUCCUGUCAUUGCUACUAUAGCUUGCUCUUAUUUUGAAAACGACUAUGCAUUGAACAAAAUCAUAUAUCCUCUUAUGAACAAGGCUCCAUUAAUUCAACAAGUCCUGCAACGUAUUGAAAAAGACGAGAAACCCAAAGUCGUGAAGGUACGACCCAUUCCAGUACAGAAAGAUAGAAAUUCAUUUGAACUAAAGGUACCUAGACCCCCUUUCAAUACUCCUAAAUGUCUAUCUGAUGAAAAAAUGCGUCCUGUGAUGAGCUAUAAGCCGAGGCAAGCUGAUAUGGAGAAGCUACACCAAGAAAACUACAAGAAGGCGUUAGGUAUUCUUGAAGAAGCCUCGAAGGUAUCCAAAAGACUUACAGAACCAAAAAAGAUACCCCCACCAGAGCCAGUGCAGAAAUAUAUAAUAAAACCUAAGAAAGUUCCUCCCAAAAGAGAUGUUGAAAUCAAAGGUAACCUCACCACUACCUUGAGAGAAGCUGCACGGCUUCUUAAAGAACGAGACGAUGAAGUAAAUAAAAUCGAAGAUCUGAUUCGUGGAGGAUGCGACCAUCUCAAAGUGCUGGAGCUCGAAGAUCAAGAAAGAAGGGACGCUGAACGAAAAGAAGUGGAGGAUAUACAGCGUAAGCAUCUUCAAGGCCUACUGACAUAUGAAGAGGCCAUAUUAGCAAAAAAGAAGGUCGUAGAGGUAAACAAAAUGAAGACGCUAGAGAUGAAACUGUUCAAAAUGGAUCUAGCUGAUCAGCUGGAAAAGUGGAAAGAAGAACAGAACGAGAAGAUUAAAGCUCAAGUGGAGAGGUGCCAGAAGCUGAGACAGGAUACAAAGGAGAGAGAGAAAAAAAUGCAGGAAGAAAAACAGGAGCAAGUCCGGAUGUUGCAGUAUGAAACCAAGGUACUACUGAAGAACGCUUUUGAAGAACAGGCUAAGGAACUGGCUAGAAAAGUAGACCUCAUCAACGAAAUAAAAACGCUGCAUGAGGUAGCGAUGAGAGUAAACGCCGAGAAGGAGUUUGAUCCGACAGAAACUCCCAACUUGGGCCUGAUGUGCGAGAUGUCUAUAGCGGAGUUGCAAGAACGACUUGCGAUUGUCAGGUGUAAGAUGAAAGAAGAGCUUGAAGAGAAAAGAAAAAAUAUAUUGAAGAGAAAAACAGAGCAACAAGAUAUGUUAGACAAUUUGAAACAAUUUAUCGAAGAUAGCAAGAAAACGCCAAAAUGCAAGAGUGUUACAAGCCUUAUGCGACGCGAUAGUAUUACUGUGGUGGAAAGUAAUCCAGAACUGGCUGAGUUAAGGAGAAAGCUUGAAGAAAAAAGGAGCAUGAGGAUGAAAACAGUGUUCUGAGUUGUUGUACGCAAAUGGUGAAUCAAAAACAGUGACGGUAUUUCGAGGGCAGAAAAUACUUAAUAAAUAUGUAAAUAUAAUAAGUGACUCGGAAGGGUCAUAUAGACAUGGGUUCUAAAAUAACCACUUCCGCAGCAAGUUGUAUCUACUCAAUAGAGAAUAAUACCUUUCGAUAGGAUUUGAUAAAAAAAUCUAUAUUCAUCAAGUGGCCAAGAGACCAAGAUAUAUAAUAAUAAUAAUAACCGUCUUUAUUAUUGACAUAAGAC